GACGGUAGAGAUCAAAGACAGUAACUUGUACACUAGCGUUCAUCUGCUAUUAUUAAUAUGAAGAUAGAAGAGCUCGCUCAGAAGAGAGCGAUAAGCCAACGAGAUUUUAGGCAGGCUAAAUUUGAAUAUAUACCUUCAGCGGACGGCGUAGAUAGCAAUUUAAUCAUAUAUCUACAUGGAUUGGGAGACAAUAUCAGCCAGUUUAUCAACCUAUCGAAGAAGCUACACCUCCCACAGACCGCUUCUUUAGUACUUGAAGGUCCGGUACCGGUACCGUUCUUUGAUGAAGCUAGGAUGUGGUACCAGAGUUUUGAUAUGCUUGGCAAUUUAAUUCAGAACCCUGAUCCUAGAGUAGCUUUGAACUUGUUGAAUGAUUUAAUACAGACGCUUACUAGUAAAUUUGGCUGGGAUCAUCGGAAUAUCCACCUAUUUGGCUUUGCUCAGGGUGGCUCCGUCGCUGUCGAAUACGCUAGAAGUUCGAAUGUAAGGCUAGGAUCGGUAGUUAAUGUUUUAGGACCAUUAUUGUCAUACGCAACAGGUAAUUCUAAAUCUGAAACUCCCAUUUGCAUUUUCACUCGACCGUCGAGAAACGUACUCGACGGAUCGAACUUCAAUAAAGCUUUUAUUGAAGUUAAGAUAUUUGAAGGUGAUAAACCAGGCGAUGAGAUGCCAAAAGAUCACGGUGAAUGGUCGGGCAUACUCAAAUUUUGGUCAGAUGUGCUCGUAAGCACACCAAUAAGCGAUCAAUCUGGACAAGUUUACAAAAUAAUUGGCUAGUUUUACAGUAUAUAGUUUUCAUCAAUGUUGGGUCUCUAUGUUUCUAAUGUCAAUUGUUGUGAUAUUUUUUUCAACCUAAUACAUUUAUUUUAUCCUUUUUACGCUUCUUC